AACUUUAACUGACAGUCAAUGUUAACCUUGUUUCAGCCACCAUGCAGAUCUUCGUAAAAACCCUAACGGGUAAGACGAUUACCUUGGAAGUUGAGCCUUCCGACACUAUCGAAAAUGUGAAGGCCAAGAUCCAGGACAAGGAGGGUAUCCCUCCCGACCAGCAGCGCCUCAUCUUCGCCGGCAAACAGCUCGAGGAUGGCCGCACCCUCUCUGACUAUAACAUUCAGAAAGAAUCCACCCUCCACCUGGUGCUCCGGCUGCGUGGCGGUGUCAUCGAGCCCACGCUGCGCAUCCUCGCACAGAAGUACAACUGCGACAAGAUGAUCUGCCGCAAGUGCUACGCUCGCCUCCACCCGAGGGCGACCAACUGCCGCAAGCGCAAGUGCGGCCACACCAACCACGUGCGCCCCAAGAAGAAGCUGAAGUAAGCGGUGCGUUGUUCGGGCGGCUUGCCUGCCGGUGGCAACCGCGAAAUAAUCGAGAAAAUACAUUUUGAAAGUCAA